CAUCUGAGUUCUGUUGACACUUUCAAAUUUUAACUGCAGCAUAUGAUUAAAACAUCUUUACCGUUUUACGUACUUUUAAGUACACUGGUAAUAUUAAAAAAAAUUGUUUUAUUACAUAAAACAAAUAUAGAUUUUUGAUUCCUAUUUAAAUUUAAAUAAGAUUUGCUCAUGAUCUUUUUAAUACGAUUAUAUUUUGACAAUAAUUAUAUAGGAGCUAGAUGAAUUAUUUUAUUUGUGUGUGUAUGUUUAUUUAUAAAUAUUAAAUAAGGAACAAUAUAUACACAUUAAGGAAAUGAAUUCUCCAAGAUCACCACACAAUAAUCUUAGUUCUGAAUUAAGGAACAUUAUUACUAACAAAAAUGCAUUGAGCAUGAAAUCACGCAUGAAAGUUUUAAAUGCUCUUAAUGAAGAUGAUAUAAGAAAUAGAGCUGAAAGAGAAAAGCGUUUGAGACUUCAAGCUAUACAAGAAAUUUUAACAACAGAGGUUACAUAUUUACAACAGUUAGAAAUAUUAAUGGAGUUUUUUUUACAACCAAUUAUUGAAAAGAAGUUGGUAAAUCAUAUAUUAUUAAAUACAUUACUUGAAAAUAUAAAAACACUGUAUAACAUUAGUGGAGAAUUAAUUAAAGAAUUAAAACAAGAUACUGAAAACAUUUCUGGAGCAUUUUAUAAGCUUGCACCAUUCUUUAAGUUAUAUUCUGUUUAUGCAUACGAUUACGAACAGUUAUCAACACUUUUACAGAUUACUCAAGAGAAGGAUCCUACUUUUAAAAAUUUCAUAAGCAAACAAGAAACACGACCAGAAGUUGGGAAAUCGUUGUCUUCAUUAUUAAUUACUCCGAUACAGAGAGUACCAAGAUAUAAAUUACUUUUGAAAGAAGUUCUACAACAUACUCCUAACAAGCACAGAGAGUACAAUCUUUUACAAGCAUGUUUAGUUGAAGUUGAAAAAGCUGCAGUACAUAUUAAUAAUUUAGUUGCUGAGAAUGAAGAUAUUCAAAGAUUAUUGAUGCUUCAAAAGUGUAUUGUAAACGGAGUUAAUUUAGUAAAGCCAGGAAGAAAAUUAAUUAAGCAAGGAACAUUAAUGAGAGUUUCAAGGAAUGGUGAUACUGCUUAUAGAAGAUAUUUUGUACUUUUAAAUGAUACUUUAUUAUAUUGUAAGGGAAAACCAGAAAGUUCAUUGACUGUACGUUGUGUACUUCCCUUAAAUAAGUGUAAAGUAGAAAGUGUUUUAAGUGGUGGACUUUUUCGUGUUACAUGCUUAGAAGAAAUGCUCUUUUUAUAUUCAGAAGAUGGUGACAGCAACUCUUGGAUACAAUUAUUGCAAAAAGCCAUUGAAAAGUACGCAGAAUGUAGACAAACUUUGAGGAAAGAUAGUAGUUCAAGGCAACCACUGAGACAUAAAAAUAUAAAUUUAUUUCCAUCUGAGGAUAUACAAGAAAAAUACAUCAAACGAAAAAGAACAAAAGAUAAAAAAGAUGUUCAAUUGAAUCCAUCAAAUAUAAUGUAUUUUGAAAAGGAAAAUCAAGAAAAUGAAAUGGAAGAACAGCAAGAAAAUUGUUUUCGAUUAAAUAGAAAAUUAAAGAGAUUUAAAAAUGAUAUUCCUACAGGGAUUCCCAUGGACAAGGAUACAUCAGAGAUUUGCUUUAUGGAAAGUUCAGAUACAUCAGUAUCAUAUUUGACUAAUUCAGAUUCUAUACAUUCUUUAUCAUUAAUAUUCAAAAAUAUUUGUGAAUAUUUUUCUUAUGUUAGUUCAUCUAUACAAAAUUUUUUUAGAUAUAGAUAGCAUUUUUGUUCUUUUACAAAUGAAUUGUAAUAUAUAGGUGAAGGGUUUAUAAUACAUUUUAAAAAUUUUAGUAAUUUAAAUAUUUUAAUUUUUAUGUUUUUUGUUUUUCAAAACACCAAAAUGUAUUUCUAUACAUUAUUAUAUUUAUCAUUUAUAAAAAGAAUGUUAAAAAAACAUAUUCUGAAGACAGUACACUUCUAGCAUGUCUGUUGAUUAUACUUCAAUUAUAUUCGAUACGGUAUUAUAUACAUUAGAAUAGUAUUUGAAAGAAAUGAAAGAGAAAUCAAUUCGUAGAGGGAGUCGAUAAUUCGAUCUAUUCGUUACCAGAUGGCGCAUCGAAAGCGUAACCUCGCGUCUCAUCUUUCUCAAAUGAAAAUGGAACUGAGGUUGUAGUCGAAAAAUAUUUUAUUGUGAACAAUUGUGAGAUUUAGCGUGUGUAAAUAUUUUAAAAUAAAAUAAAAAAAAAGCAAACAGAAAGAAAGGAAGAAAUAAGGUAUAACAAUAAA